AUGGCGGCGUGCAAGCUCGGAGGUCUCCCAACCGAGGUCCUCACUACGAUCUUCGAGUUUUUCUGUGCACACUGCAGACACGACAAUGUCAGGGAUCCGUACGACGAGCAGACUCUGGUCACGCUCUGUCAGGUGUCUCGCUAUUUGCGCGAUGUUACCCAACCCAUCCUCUACCAUUUCUUCACCUCGGAGGUGAGGACACUUGGGCCAUCUAAGGGCGAGGACAGCGUCAGCAAUAUCUAUCGCAAGCUACUCUUCCUGCGGAGCCUUGUUGCUCGGCACGAUCUCGCCGAAGCGGUGCGAUCCCUUCACUUCGUUCCCCAGGGCCGUUCUUGGAGCUUACCUUCUCCGAGUACCUUGGACGACAAGCUCUUCAACAUGUCUGAGGAUCUCUUCGCGGAAGCUUGUGGGCAACUCAAAAUUAAGAACAUUCAAAACGUGGAACAUUCGGAUUCGUUCGGCAACUACACUGUCAUCCAGCUGAUCAUUGCCCAUUCACCUAAGUGUGAGUUCAUCUCCCUUGGGCCUUUCUCAGUUUCCCACCGGCCACCGGAGCAGGAGGACAUGUGGGUGUUCAGGCGCAUCGUCAGUCCGAUCCCACCCGCAGCUCCGUCCCCCCUUGAUGCGCUGCGCAAGCUAAAGGAGAUUCGCCUCUACCACGAGCCUCGACCCGUCGGCAACUCGUUGGAGUCUUUGACUUUGAAUCUGGAAUUUUAUGGAUCACCAAAUGUUCUGAAGGCCAAUAGCACGCUCAAGGCAUUCAAGCGGUUGUCGUUUCUGAAAACAGACCUCGACUGCUUUGGCGGCGAUAUGAACGCCGCGGCCGACGAUCUCUUGGUCAGAGUCCUGCCCGAAUCUCUUCAAAACCUCACCCUGGCGGCGAACCACAGACAACGGAACCUCCAGAAACAGCUACAGGAAUUGUCGCAGAGCCAGCACCUGUUUACGGAGUUGCAGCAUGUCUCCCCCCUCACCUCCUUGGAGGACGGCCAGGCUGCGUGA